AUGGUCAAGGCACUCCACUUCAAGGGCGACAAGAAGGCGAAGAAGCGCAAGAGGGUCGCCGAUCCGGAUGAUGCAGAGGGUUCGGCGUCGAAAGCCGUCACCACGGCAGCACCCGUCGCAAAAGCAGAACAUGACGAUUCUUGGGUCAACGCUGACGCGCCGAGCGAUGUCUCUGGUCCCAUUGUCAUUGUGCUCCCCACCGACAACCCAACGUGCCUAGCCUGCGACGCGAACGGCAAGGUCUUUGCGAGCGGGCUGGAGAGCGUCGUCGAGGGCGAAGCAGUGACGGCAGCAACGGCGGAACCGCACGACGUCAGGCAGGUCUUUGUUGCGAAUCGCGUCGCUGGCACAGAGAGCGUCAGUUUGAAAGGCCACCACGGAAGAUAUCUCAGCUGCGACAAGCACGGAGUCCUAAGUGCGACAGCAACCGCCAUUUCCCCCGAAGAAUCCUUCCUCGUCAUCCCCGUCCCGGACAACCCCUCGGCCUUUGCUCUCCAGACUUUGCGUGACAAGUUCCUAUCCAUCGACGAUUCCGCUACAAAUACACCCGACCUUCGCGGUGACGUCGAGACUAUCACGUUUAACGCGACACUGCGCCUCCGCAUGCAAGCCCGCUUCAAGCCGCGUCUCAAGGCAUCCAAAGAGGAAAAGGCCAGAGAGAAGAUCAGCCGCAAGGAGCUGGAAGAGCUCAUAGGAAGAAGGCUGGAGGACGACGAGGUCAGGAAGCUGAAGAAGGCGCGACGCGAGGGCAACUUCCACGAAACGGCGCUGGACAUGAAAGUCAAGUCGUCACACGACAAAUACGCAAGCAUGUGA